CCUGUGCCUUUGAAAUUGGACUUGAGCUCUUUGAAGCCCAGUCUUCCCUCCGCUCUUGGCUUGCUUCACCUGCGUCCCGAGGCCACCAUGAGUAACCAGCUUGUUCGAGAAGACUAUAACCAGUCCCGUCCUCGGAGACCGAGACCCAAGCCCCAAGAAAAGGGCCCUCUGCGGUUCUUAGUCGAGGCUCGGCUCGUGGGGGCCCUCAUAGGGAUGAAAGGAUCGAGGAUUCGAGCAAUGGAGACCCUUUCCGGCGCUCAGAUUAAAAUAGAUCUGUUCAACCAAGAGGAAGAUGGUGAAAAGCCCGAAAAAGCAGAGGUGCAAGUUUUCGGAAGCAACCACUGUAGAAUUAGAGCAAAAGAACUGGUUGAAUGUAUCAUCAGAUGGUAUCCACCCGCCUCCCCUGACGCUGCAGAUGAAGCACAGAAGGCUGUUGCCCAGAUGUCCAUUCAGGAAAAUAAGUAAUAUGCAGCCCAGCUGGUUUUUGUUAAUUUUAUACAAAUAAAUUAUGUUUGUUUUUU